AUGCUGGCUAAUGGUUUGUAUUGUGGAUGUUUGCCUGAACAAUUUCGUGACUUGAUGUGGGUGGAGGAAAAAGUUUGUGCUAUCUAUUGCAUCACUGCCCAUGUUACUCAUCUCUUUCAAUCCACUGAUCCAUCACAGCCUAAGGUGUUCCAUGGUAAUACCUGCACCCAUGACAUGAAUGUGAUGUCAACUGUGACAAUUCUACCUUGCACUCCUUCGGACAUCAAUGGUUUCAUCAGUGUAGUAUUUAUUGGACCCAAUAAGUUUGAUCCCAAGUGCAUGGGCUCCUUAUUUCAGGUGCAGAAAGAGAAGAUCUGGGCAUUUCUGAACUGGUUGAAAUUCCACAAUCAUCUCUAUGUGGAUCUACCCUUGGACUCUUCCAUCAUGGAUAUAUACCCUGUGGAUGGAUUACUGCCUGGCUUGCACUUAUGUGUUGUG